UUCCAUCUACAAUUUAUGUUAUUUCCCAGAAAUGUUCUUCCGGUAGAAGAAGAAAUCGUCACUUUUGAGAUUACAGAAGUUCCAAUCGAACAUGCGGAACAGUCGCAGAAACAGUUGAACUGCUCAAUUUGCGCAAGGAAAUUUCAGACAGCUUCUGGUUAUGCUUCUCAUAUGAAAAGUCACACCGAAGAAUCAUCGAACAAAUCCUACAAAUGCACAAUUUGUGGUGCUGGCUUUUUAUAUUCAUAUACCUUGCAGAAACACAUGAUUUCACACCGGGAGAGAACUUUUGAAUGUGCUCAUUGUUCGAAGAAAUUCAAGGAUAAAUAUACUCUCCUUCCUCAUAUAAAACUUCACAUGGAAAAGCCUAAAUCUUGCCGAAUCUGCUGUAAAGUGUUCAAGAAUUCUACAAGACUGAAGAGACACAUAAGAGAGCGUCAUAGGAAAAGAGAUGAAUCCCGGACAAUAUUUUCUUGCUACAUUUGCAAUCAGAAAUUCCUGGCUGCACAUAAUUAUGCGCGACAUUUGGUGUCACAUGAAGAAAGUGGUGAAAAUAUUCCGAAAAAUCUUGAGUGCGAAAUUUGUCAUCGCACUUUCGACAUGAAGAAGAGACUCAUAAGACACAUGAAAAUUCACAGCUCAGAGACACCAUAUUCAUGUGAUAUUUGCAAUAAGUCAUUCAAGUGGGAGAAUAACAUUGAGCGUCACAGAGCCACUCAUUUUCCAGAGCCUGUAGAGUGUCCGUACUGCAAAAAGACCUUGAAGUCAGUCGCUCGUCUUCACUUGCAUAUGAAGAGGUAUCACACAGGUCUUCCGCAAAAUCCGGACGACACUCCUAAAUGCACGGUGUGCAAGAAAGCGUUCCAGAGCCUUAAAGAACUGAUGGUGCACGCGGAGGAGAAACACAAGACAGAGAAGCUGUCAGAAUGCACCUUUUGUGGUUUGAAGUGCUGUUCCAAAUCGAACUUGGAUCGACAUAUUAAAGUAAAGCAUUCGAAAGAUCCUAAACCACGAAAAAAUAAGAAUACGAACGAUAAAGGUCGUUGGGACUGUCCCUAUUGCUCAGUGACCUUCAAGAGGAGUUGCUUCAUGCUGAGACACGUACGAAAGCAACAUCCUGGACUGCCUGGUUACAUUAAUAAAGGACCACCGUUCAAAUGCACUAUUUGCGGAAAUGGUUAUUUACUAAUUGAAGACUUAAUGGAACAUGCUAAAAUUCAUAAAGAACGAUUGGAUUGCUAUAUUUGUGGGUGGAUUUUUAAGAAGAAAUGUAAUGUUGAGAAACAUAUUCAAAAGAAGCAUCCUGAAGAGUGUGAUCAGAAUGAGACACAUUGAAAGGAAAUCGUGAAUGGUCAAGUUAUCAAUUUAUUUCUUUAUGUAAGAAAGUUUGGUUCAUAAACUCUAUUGAAAUUACUUGUGUUUUAUAUCUCAUUGCGUAAUUGAUAAGUUUAGCUGAAAAAGUGUAGUUAAAUUCAGCUGUAAAAAUACAAUAAUAAUAAUAACGGAAGAAAUGGAAAAGCAGAGAAACUUUCGCUCCGAAAUAUGGAUUCA